CCUACGUCUCCCAUAGGGCAUUUCGGCUGUCGUCACCGUGUUGCGGAAGUUCCGGGAGAACGCGUCUGACAGCGGCGCUCAUAUCUCAUAGCAUAACAUUUUGUGAUUUUGUUUGUGCGCAUCGUGUUUUUUCCGUGUGAACCAUGUCAGCUCUAAGGUACGCGGGCAUGGACGAUACAGACAGCGAGGAUGAGCUUCCACCCGGCUGGGAGGAGAGAUCUACUAAGGACGGUUGGGUUUAUUAUGCGAACCAUGAAGAGAUGAAAACACAGUGGGAACAUCCCAAGACUGGAAAGAAAAAACGUUGUGCUGGAGAUUUACCAUACGGUUGGGAGCAGGAGACGGAUGAAAAGGGACAGACAAUUUAUGUUGACCACAUCAACAAGCGGACCACGUAUUUUGACCCGCGCCAGGCGUUUACAGUAGAGGAUGUGGUGGUGAAACCCAAACGCUACGACGGGAACACAUCAGCUCUGGAGAUUCUGCAGGGACGAGAUCUUUCUGACAGGGUUGUCCUCAUCACUGGAGGAAACUCUGGUAUUGGCUUUGAGACGGCCAGGUCCUUUGCUCUACAUGGUGCCCGUGUGAUCUUGGCCUGCCGGAACUUGUCUCGCGCCAGCAAGGCGGCUAACCUAAUUCAGCAGGAGUGGCACAAAGCCAGAGUCGAGGCCAUGAUGUGCAACCUGGCUUCCCUCCGGAGCGUCAGGGAGUUUGCCGAGUCUUUCAAGGCCAAAGAACUACCCUUACACAUUCUGGUGUGUAAUGCGGCAGUGUGCACCCCGCCCUGGAACCUAACCGAAGACGGCUUUGAGUCCACCUUCCAGAUCUGCCACCUGGGUCACUUCCUCCUCGUUCAGUGCCUGCAGGACGUCCUGCGUCGUUCUGCUCCUGCCCGAGUCGUGGUUGUAUCCUCAGAGUCCCACAGGUUCACAAACCUCUUAGACUCCUGUGGAAAGGUGGACUUGGCCCUGUUGUCUCCUCCGAAGGAGGAGUACUGGUCCAUGUUGGCUUACAACCGCGCCAAACUCUGCAACAUCCUCUUCAGCAACGAGCUCCACCGGCGUCUAUCUCCUCAUGGGGUGACCUCCAACGCAGUGCAUCCUGGGAACAUGAUGUACACCUCCAUUCACAGGAGCUGGUGGUUGAUGACCUUUCUCUUUACGCUGGCCAGGCCUUUCACCAAGUCUAUGCAACAAGGUUCAGCAACCACGGUCUACUGCGCGGUAGCUCCAGAGCUGGAGGGUUCAGGCGGCAUGUACUUCAACAACUGCUUCCGCUGCCAGCCGUCCAUCCAGGCAGAGGAUCCGAGCAGCGCCGCCAACCUGUGGGAGCUGAGCGAGCGCCUGGUCGCAGAGCGGCCAGUUGGGGUUCAGGCUCUCUAAUCCAUGAGGAGUUGGGGCAAGUCAAACAAGGAUCGAAGAGGAAGCAGUUGGUUUGAAACAAAUAAAAGACUGACUGCACAAUACAAAAGCUGCCAAACGUCACAUCACUACAGGGCUAAACCACGGUACAUGAUACAGGAGGGGGGUCAUAUACAUUCUACUCAACGGCUUUCUUUGCUUGGUUGGUUUGGAUUAAAAAGGGUUUCCUUUGCUUAGAAAAAUGCACGUCCCUGUUUUAAUGGGCUAACAUGUGCGUUAAUAUUCCUAAUAAUCGUCCGUUAAUUUAAUCUGUUUCUGGUUUCAUUCUUUUUUGUGCUAAAAACUGUUUUGAGGGGUCGAGAAGAAAUAAAAAGUAAAUGAGCACAGAACACUCAUGGAUAUAUAAACCCACUAGAAGUAUGAUUCUUAUGCCUAUGUACAUUAUUUGCAAUAAUUUUAUUUCUUAUCAUUGUCCCUAUUAGUCGUCUGUACAGUAUUUACAACCUCCGUGUCUGUAGGGGUAGGCUAAAGCUGGGGUGGAUGUCUCAUUAAACUAAAGUGUUAUUAAUCAGCUGAGGGAUUAAUAAAUGUUGGGAAUUUUCUGGAAUGAUUUUUUGGCUUUUUGAAUAAAGAUGGUGUUGAGUCUCAUUUAAAAGAUGUUUCCUGCACAGUUUUAAUCAGAGUGGAUGAUUUCAGGCUCCUUUAUAAAAAUGGUCAUCUUUAGUGUUGGGUAGUGUUUUUGGGGGGUUUCUGUAGAUUGGUCAUCCUGAAGCUUCUGGGAGGGUGGGGCGCUUUGCUUUUUAGACUUGUGCUUUAUGGCAGUCCGGGUGCCGUAGGUUGUCCAGGAAACAGCAUUCCAGCGUGAUGAUGUCUGCAACAAGGAGAAAAAGAACAACGUUCACAUGCUGCUAACAUUUAAUAAAAUAUGUUUUACAUUUCA